CCUAAACUAAACCUUUUUAAGGGUUCUUUUUCUGAGUGGCAUGAGAAAUGCAGAUAAUAUGGUUAAAGUGGAUGUCCCUUGCAGAAGUUAUAGGAAAGGUGAAAGUUUCAUUCAGUGUGAAUCAAGUCAUCCUGCUGUCACUGGAAACCUCCGAGGGUCAGCCUUGUGGAAGGGUUUAAAGGCAGCACUUCAGCAAUAAUCGGCUUAGGAGGACUUGCAUAGCUCCAUGGGCUGAAAAAGAGAUAAAAGAAAGCAGAGUUCCAGCUUGCCCAAAGAAAGGCAGUGAGCUGUGUGGUGCACAAUCAGCACACGCUUCUGAGGCUUUGGUUUGGACAAUUCCCUAAGUAGGGAUGCCUGUGGAUUUCAAUGGGUACUGGAAAAUGGUCAGCAAUGACAAUUUUGAGGAGUAUCUGAAAGCACUGGAUGUAAACGUUGCUGUCAGAAAAAUAGCAAACUUGGUGAAGCCUGACAAAGAAAUCCUUCAGAACGGGGAUCAUAUGAUCAUUAAAACUCUAAGCACUUUUAGAAACUACAUCAUGGAAUUUGAUAUAGGAAAGGAGUUUGAGGAGGAUUUAUCUGGGGUGGAUGAUCGCAAGUGCAUGACCACUGUAUCUUGGGAUGGAGAUAAACUUCUUUGUGUACAGAAUGGAGAAAAAGAAGGUCGUGGUUGGACCCAGUGGAUUGAAGGAGAUAAAAUGCACCUGGAAAUAAGAGCAUGUGGAGUCAUGUGUAAGCAGGUCUUUAAGAAGGUACAGUGAGCCCACUGCUGAUACAGAAGUGAAGAACAGUAGAAUUUACAGACUUACCAGCAAAUCUCCAAAUGCUAGUACUGAGCAUCAUCAGUGACGAGAGCAAACACAGAGAUGAAGAUCGCAUUAGAAAUGUGUAAUUAGAAUAUUUUUAAGAAAUAAUUUUGAAAAAAUAGCUGCAAAUAAAGUAUUUUUAGACAUGCCAAUAAAGAUACUAAACAC